CAUUUCUUCUCAAGUAUUCCUCCAUCCAUCCAUCACCAAGACACAGACCAUGUCCUCCUCAGAACCCAAUCUGCCACCGGCAGCCUUUAGCCAGGAAUCAACAACUAAGCCUCCGCAUCCUCUUCAGCCUGGAACCGAAGGCCCUUGGUCCUCUAACCUCUGUGGCUGCUUCUCCAACUGUGCCAACUGUUGCAUGACAUUUUGGUGUCCCUGUGUCACGUUCGGUCAAAUUGCUGAGAUUUUAGACAGAGGAUCAACUUGGGAGGAAGAUGGAGCUUGCUCCACUUCUUUGUUUUCUACUCCUUCAAUUUGGGCAAUGGAUUUGACCCUUGGGACUAUUCUCACGGAAAACCUGUCCGUUGGUAUAGACCCUAAGAAAUUUUAAAAAAAAUUUGCCGUCGGUAUAAACUUUCACCUUUACAAAUGGAUAAUCCGUUGGUAUAGACCCUGGAAAAAAAGAAAAAAAAAAAACCAUCUGCAUCUGUAGCCACAGCAGCUUCAUCUGACUAAAAUUAAACUCAAUUUACUCAA